CGUGCUCUCUCGGACAGGGAAGGAGCCAGGCACCCUUGGCAUCUGGGCCCCGAGGAGGAGAAGAAGCCGGGGAGCUGGUGGCCACCUUCUGGGCUGCUUUCUUCCUGGUUUUCAAAAGGGCAGAAAUGCCUGAAGGGCAGGACUCAGGACCAGGCCCAAGCUGGGAAGUUGUCAACAGCAAGUCAGACGAAAGGCCCAGGCUCAGCCACUGUAUUGCGGAAUCAUGGAUGAACUUGAGCAUGUUUCUUCAAGAAAUGUCUCUUUUUAAACAGCAGAGCCCUGGCAAGUUUUGUCUCCUGGUCUGCAGCGUGUGUACAUUUUUUACCAUCUUGGGCAGUUAUGUCCCAGGGGUUAUACUCAGCUACCUAUUAUUACUAUUCGCCUUUCUCUGCCCGUUGUUUAAGUGUAAUGAUAUCGGACAGAAAGUCUGCAGCAAGAUCAAGUCCGUUCUGCUGAAACUAGAUUUUGGAAUUGGAGACUAUAUUAAUCAGAAGAAACGUGAGCGAUCUGAAGCAGCUAAAGAAAAAGGUCAUAGCGAUGACAGCGAAUUAGACUUUUCAGCUCUUUGUCCUAAGAUUAGCCUCACAGUCGCUGCCAAAGAGUUGUCUGUGUCGGACACGGACGUUUCCGAGGUCUCCUGGACGGACAACGGAACUUUCAAGCUCUCGGAGGGACACACUCCUGAGACUGAUACUUCGGAUGACCUUGACCGACCUGGGGAGGAUGUUUUCUCUGGAGAUCUUGCUGAUUUUCCCGCUCUAGAGCACAGCCCAGAAGCCGAGGAUGAAGAUGAGUUUGGUGUUGGCUUAGCCCAGGGGCUCCGGUGCAGGAAGGCGCGCUCAGACAGAUGCCCUCCUGGCGGCGGGGACCGGCCGGCAGGGGCAGCUCCUGGCAGUGACCCCAACGUCCAGCUGAUGAGAAACCUGGCCGGGGAUGUCAUCACCGCCACCGUGACGGCUGCCCUCCACGAGCAGCUGGAGGGUGCCAGGCAGGCGCUGGUCCAGGUGCUGCCCGGCGCGGGUGAGGACACGGACUCUGAGGAGGCCGACGACUUCGAACUCCUGGACCAGUCGGAGCUGGAGCAGAUGGAGAGCGAGUUGGGACUCUCCUCAGACCCAGAGGCCGGGUCCAGACCAGGCUUCUUCUCGCAGCUGCUGGGAGGUGGCCACUAGCCUAGACCCCGGCCCACAGGACCGCCCCACGAACUACCAAAAAAAUCCAAACAAGCAAAAAAAGAAAAAAAAAGGGAAAAAAAAUGAACUGUGAGCUUUACUGAUUACUUUAGAUUGGGGUUCCUAUUUCCCCUUCUGCAGUGAAUUAAUUGGAUAUAUAUCAGAUGAUCCAGAUCAGUUUUCUUCUUCUUUUCUUGUUCUUGUUCUUCUUCUUUUCUUUUUUUUUUGUGGUGCUGGGGAUCCAAUCCAGGGCCUCACACAUGCAAGGUGAUGCGUUUUGCCUCCAAGGGACACCUCCCGGCCCCCCUCAUAGUUUUAUAUGUCAUUAGCAUGGAAAUGUAUGUACUUCUUAAAUGUAUGUAUAAGUGUAUAUGUUCGCAGGCAUAUACAUAUACUAUGUUUUCAAAGAUUAAUAUUAGGGGUUGUUUUUAAAACAAAAAGAAAACACCUAAACAAAUCGAGACCCACCUAUACUUCUUCUUCUUCCUUUUUUUUUUUGGCUCUAAAGUUAAUUUCUCAACCACGCAAACUCAUGGUAAUUCACUGAAAUAUUAAUUAGGAAUACAUGCGGAAUCAGCUCCAAGUAUGUCCCUCAUACUUGGAAACAGUUAAAUUUUUUUUUUGGUUAAUUUUAAUGUAAAAAGACAAAAAAAAAAAAGCAAAAAAAUAACUGGGCAGACUUGGAAGAUACUCGCAAAACUAAUCCCUUAGGGAAAACUUCUGAAAUAUAAGUCACUCCUUGGCCUGGAUGCAUUGUCCCUACCAUGCAUUUCCUUGUUCUUUCCUUAUUCUGGGCUGGGUCAGCACCCCACUGACCUCUGGGUCCCCCUCUUGCAGUGCAGCACCAAGCUCUAGAAAACAGGCCCUUCGAUCACUUGAGAUGCCGGUUGGGAUAUCAGCCAAGAUUGAGCUGUGUUGUGUAGUUGUCAUACAUUUGUAAGAGAGCGGGCGCGGGGGGCCCGAGAGACAGGUCUACCUCACCUACUCAGAACAAGGCCGAAUACUCAUCUUCCAUGCUCUGUCAUGGGGAAAAGUCUCUUGCAAUCAUAAAACGAGUUCUGCUCUGUCCUGGGAGUGAUCCAUCAGCGGGAGAGAAGCAAUAACUGGUUUUUAUAGUCUGUGGCUUCCUGGAGGAGAAGAAACUGCUUGGUUUUAACACGUGUCUUCAUUCGUCAUUGGAAUCUGUUUUCUUCUUGGGAGGCUGGAGCUUGACCUUAAGCUUUUUGAGGUAACCAAACUGGAGGCGGGGGAUGGAGCUUAUGGGUACAAGAUAAUGCUUGCCUGGCAUGUGGGAGUUCCUGGGUUCGGUCCCCAGCACCACACAAAUCCAACCAAUGAAACAGACAAAUUAAUCUGUUUUUUUUUUUUAACAAAGGACUAAAGGGUAGCAAUCACGUGGGUUUUGUUUUUGUGGCAUAAAUGUUCAGGAGUGUUGAGGGACCACGUCAGCAGUGAUCAGCCGCCUCUUGAAUUUUCUGUGGCCCGCAGGGAGGAAGAAUAACCCAAGAAUAGAUGAUGUCUGGCCCUCCACCCGUCCUUGCCUCUCGUUUCUUAAGACUGAUGAUAGGCAAUCUGAAUUUUAAGGUAGCAUCUCUUAUUUAUUUUUUCUUCCUGAGGUACUAAGUAUGUAGACUGAAUUUUGCCAAAUGUUGAGGGGAGGCUAGUUCCCGAAGACUCUGAAUCCUUGCUUUUGUGAGGGACCUUCCAUGUCCUCCCUGCCCGCUGGCUCUGUGUGAUGACCUUUAUUGCUACAAAGUGAGCGUGUGCCUUCAUUCUCUUGCCUGUUUUGGUACAAGUGAAAAUCUGGUUUUAGUGCUACAAACCAUGUGGAUUUGGGAGGAAUCUGCCCGAAUUCUAUUCAGUAAGAAUUUCUGGACCUGAAGAAAAAUACAGUCACAUUUAUAUAAAAUAGUUGUUACCUGGA